AUUUCAUCCACAGAUCAAUAGAACAGUUAAUGUCGUGCAUUGGUGAAAAACGGUUGGAAAAGCGGGAAAAACUUGCUAAUAGAAUUUUAAUAGUGAAAUUGUUGCAUGAAACACAGCGACGGCAUGCAUUUUUCGAUGUGAAAUAAUCGUUAUUCUUCAAAUUUCAACAGAUCUUGAAAAGCAACUGCAUGUCUGUUGACUGCUAAACCUCGCCGCUAUGUGUAAAUAUAAAAAAUCACCGUGUUUAUUAACUUCAAUAUUAAGUAAAAAAAUAUAAAAAAAAACCAUACAUUUUAAUUAAAAUUCCGCACUCUUGCAAUGACCGGCUUCGAGUUAAUACUUUCGGCGGCGCUGUGUCUCUCAUGUGGAAAUCUAACAGAUAUACGCUUAUCCGAGGGACUAAUAGAGUUGGAUGAAAAUAAUACCGUUGUUACUAUAUCGCCGGAUUUGGCGAUAGUUGAACCAUCCUUGGAUGAUGCACCACUCGAAACGGUUAAAACAAUCAUCGCUAAGAAAAAGAAAAUUGAUAAAUUAAAAGAAUGGAUAAAGGGUAGAAAAUUGGUGAUUGCUACGCUGGAGGAUUAUCCGCUUAGCUAUACGGUUAUGGAGAAUGAUACGAGAGUGGGCAAGGGUGUAGCGUUUGAGUUGAUCGACUUCUUGCAGGAGCAAAUGCAAUUCACCUACGAAGUAGUGGUGCCGGAAGAUAACAUCAUUGGUUCGAGAGAGGAUUAUGAGAAGAGCCUUAUAAAAAUGCUGAAUAACUCGGAAGCCGACUUGGCCGCAGCUUUUAUACCCACGCUCAGCGAGCAACACAGCUUCGUUUUCUACUCGACAACCACUUUGGACGAGGGUGAAUGGAUUAUGGUGAUGCAACGUCCACGUGAAUCGGCCACUGGUUCGGGUCUAAUGGCACCAUUUGAUUUUUGGGUUUGGAUUUUAAUUUUCGUUUCAUUGUUGGCGGUUGGGCCUAUUAUUUAUAUGCUCAUUAUAUUACGUAAUCGUUUGACUGGUGAUAAGGAGCAGAAGCCAUACUCGUUGGGUCACUGUGCAUGGUUUGUGUAUGGUGCAUUAAUGAAACAGGGCAGUACACUGUCGCCGAUUGCCGAUUCAACACGUCUACUCUUUGCCACCUGGUGGAUAUUCAUUACGAUAUUGACUUCAUUCUACACCGCAAAUUUAACAGCUUUUCUCACGCUAUCUAGAUUUACUUUACCCUAUAAUACCGUUAGCGAUAUACUAUAUAAGAAUAUACACUUUGUUUCGGCACGCGGUGGCGGCGUGGAAUAUGCGAUAAGGAAUACCAACGAGAGCCUGUCCAUGCUAACAAAUAUGAUACGCAACAAUCACGCCGUAUUCUCUAGCAGCUCGAACGAUACUUUUAAUUUGCAGAAUUUCGUUGAAAAAGAUGGUUAUGUAUUCGUACGUGACCGCCCGGCAAUUAAUCAUGUGCUCUACGCAGACUAUCGCUAUCGUAAAACCAUUAGCAUGAAUGAUGAGAAGCUGCAUUGUCCUUUCGCUAUGGCUAAGGAGCCGUUUUUGAAGAAGAAUCGUUCAUUCGCCUAUCCGUUGGGCUCGAAUUUGAGUGAGCUUUUCGAUCCCAAACUACUUAACCUCGUGGAAUCCGGCAUCAUUAAAUACUUGUCGACUAAAAAUCUACCAAAUGCUGAAAUAUGUCCACAGAAUUUGGCUGGAACCGAGCGCCAGCUACGCAAUACCGAUCUCAUGAUGACCUACUACAUUAUGUUCGCUGGCUUUGCCACCGCUAUGGUUGUUUUCUUCACUGAACUUAUAUUCCGCUAUCUGAAUCAGCGUCAUGAGAAUAACAAGUGGGCGCGUCACGGCAUCGGACGCACCACAAAUGGACUGUCAGUGCGUGCACCGCGUUGGUUGCGACAAUUGGAAACAGAUAGUGACAAGCAACGUUUGACGGCUUCACCUUCGAGUUCGACCAUUACACCACCGCCACCAUAUCAAAGUAUUUUCAGCAGUAAUCAUCAUCAGCAUCAGGAUGGGACUGGCCAUAUGAGUAAGGAAAACAGCUUGCAUCGUUGGCGACGCGCUGGUCAAAUCGGCGUCGGUGUUGGAUCGAAUUUCGGCUCAUUAGCGGCCGGUGCAGGCAGCGGUGCUGGUGUACUGCUGGGCAAUGGCCAGCUGCAAGGUGCUAGCGGCGCGGGUGGUGUACGGCGUUUGAUUAACGGUCGCGAUUAUAUGGUUUUCCGCAAUCCGAACGGACAGAGCCAAUUGGUGCCGGUGCGUGCACCAUCGGCGGCGCUCUUUCAGUACACCUACACGGAGUAAAUGCUAAACUAUAUUUGGUGUGUAGUAGUAAAAUGUGCAGAUUUAUCAACUAAUUGGCAUUAAUGGAAGUAGAAAAAGUGUUGGUCGGAAUAGGUGUGUGGAGUAUGCCGGGUAUCCUCAUCAGCGUCCUCGCCUGAACACUUGGUGAAGAAUUUAUUUUUGUAAAUCAAAUUUUACAAAUUUAAAAAUUGUUACUCAUAUUAACGUAGUUGUUGUUUAUUUAGUUGGGACAUUUUAGUUUUUUAUUCUCCAAACUAUUAGAUUUAUACACCUACAAAUCACAUCUUUCUUUAUAACGUCGUAAUGAGCAAUAAAUUUUAGAAUAUAUUUGCACAAAAAAAA